CUUGGACUCACUACUCCACUCCACACCCCACUCACUCACCAUGGGCGCCGCGCAGUCGAGCCAGAACGGAGCGGACCACGUCGUCAACGCGCCAGCGCCAGAGGGCAACGGGACGUCGGUUGAGUUCUCCCCAACCUUGAUCCAGCGCCUCGCCAACCCCGGCGCCUUCCCGCAGGCAGCGACAGCAGGCUCCACCGACGAGCUCGUGCGCCAGAAGCUCGCGGCCGAGUCCGCCGCGCUGAGGCAGAAGGAGGCCGAGAUCCUGUCGAGCAUCAGCAGCGCGCUCGAGAAGGAGAACCUCGACCGCGAUAAGGGCCUCUCGUCGGAUGUGCUCGGGCGCGACAUCGAGGAGGUGCGCGAGAAGGUCGAGCGUAUUGUCGAGGACAAGAAGACGCGUCUGGACAACGGGGUCGUCAAGGCCAAGGAGGGGGUCGUGGCUUGUUACUUGGCCAACCCCGACCGCCCGCUCGACUGCUGGAAGGAGGUCGAGGCGUUCAAGACCGAGGUGUCCAAGCUCGAGUCGGCCUUCGUCAAGUCGCUGCAAUAG